AUGACGCUCUACUAUAGCCUCGUUUUCUUGCUCCUAGUAGCAGAGAUGGUGCUCUUCGUGCUACUCAUCGUGCCCCUUCCCUUCACUAUCCGCCGCAAGAUGUUUACCUUCAUCAGCGAAAGCCCUGUAGUAGCAAAACUUCAAUACGGAAUGAAGAUCACAUUUAUCUUCAUCCUGAUCCUUUUCGUAGACAGUGUCAACCGCGUCUACAAGGUACAAAUGGAGCUGACCGAAGCCAACAAGACCGCUGGACAAACCGUCAUGGGCCAUGAGCGCAUGGAAGUUCAGGCCCGCAAGUUCUACUCCCAGCGUAAUAUGUACCUGUGCGGCUUUACGCUCUUCCUCUCGCUGAUCCUCAACCGUACUUACACCAUGAUCCUUGACGUUCUGCGUCUCGAGGAGAAGAUCAAGAAGUACGAAGGCGACCCCAAGGCUAAGGGCAAGGAGAGUGAGAAGUUGGCGAAUGCUGGUAACGUUGGCGAGAUUGGCAAGCUGAAGAAGCAGCUGGCCGAGAAGGAGCGCGAUAUCGAGACCUUGAAGAGUCAGGCUGGUGGUUUAAGCAGAGAGUACAACGACUUGAGUGACAAGUACACUGCUGCGAACCCAAACCCUACGCCUAAGAAGGAUAGAUGA